CCAUUGGCUCCUCCUCUCGCCUGGAUGGGAUUUAAACCCAGGGAGGGAAGCUGAGCAGAGGAGGGAAGGUGGGACCGACCACCACUGAGGUCUGCAGCCCCAGGGCCCUGGCUGCCAGUUGGCGAAGUGUUGGAAGUGGUGCCCAGCAGCCUCCGAGGCCUCCUGGAGGGGUUGCUUCCUGUCUCUCCAAGGAUGGGUCUCCACGGGAUCUUCUCUUUCCCCCUGGGGCUCCUGUUUGGCUCUGUGCUCUUGGUGGCCUCGGCCCCGGCUGCUCUCGAGCCUCAUGGCUGCAGCGACAAGGAGCAACAGGUCACCUUCAGCCACACCUACAAGAUUGAUGUGCCCAAGUCUGCCCUGGUGCAGGUGGAGGCUAACCCCCAGCCUCUCAGCGAUGAUGGGGCCUCACUUCUGGUCCCGGGGGAGGCCGAGGAACACAACAUCAUCUUCAGGCACAACAUCCGCCUGCAGACACCACAGAAGGACUGCGAGCUGGCAGGCAGCGUCCAGGACCUGCUGGCCCGGGUGAAGAAGCUGGAAGAAGAGAUGGCAGAGGUGAAGGAACAGUGUAGUGCUCGGUGCUGCUGCCAAGGAGCUGCUGGUGUGAGCGGCCACUGCAGUGGCCACGGGACCUUCUCCCCGGAGACCUGCAGCUGCCUCUGCGAGCAGGGCUGGGAGGGCGCCGCCUGCGAGCGGCCCGCCUGCCCCGGGGCCUGCAGCGGCCACGGGCGCUGCGUGGACGGCCGCUGCGUGUGCGACGAGCCCUACGUGGGGGCCGACUGCGCCUACCCCGCCUGCCCCGAGAACUGCAGCGGGCACGGCGUGUGCGUGCGCGGCGUGUGCCAGUGCCACGAGGACUUCACGUCGGAGGACUGCAGCGAGCGGCGCUGUCCCGGCGACUGCAGCGGCCACGGCUUCUGCGACACGGGCGAGUGCUACUGUGAGGAGGGCUUCACCGGCCUCGACUGCUCCCAGGUGGUCGCCCCCCAGGGCCUGCAGCUGCUCAAGAGCACGGAGGAUUCCCUGCUGGUGAACUGGGAGCCGUCCAGCGAGGUGGACCACUACCUGCUCAGCUACUACCAACUGGGGAAGGAGCUCUCUGGGAAGCAGAUCCAAGUGCCCAAGGAGCAGCACACCUAUGAGAUCACCGGUUUGCAGCCUGGAACCAAGUACAUAGUCAGCCUGCGCAACGUGAAGAAAGAGAUUUCCAGCAGCCCUCAGCAUCUCCUCGCCACCACGGAUCUUGCUGUGCUUGGCACUGCUUGGGUGACAGACGAGACUGAGAACUCCCUCGACGUGGAGUGGGAGAACCCCCCGACUGAGGUGGACUACUACAAGCUGCGGUACGGCCCCCUGACAGGGCAGGAGGUGGCUGAAGUCACGGUGCCCAAGAGCAGUGACCCCAAGAGCCGAUAUGACAUCACUGGUCUGCAGCCGGGGACGGAGUACAAGAUCACAGUUGUGCCCAUGAGAGGAGACCUGGAGGGCAAGUCGAUUCUCCUCAAUGGCAGGACAGAAAUUGAUAGUCCAACCAAUGUGGUGACUGAUCAAGUGACAGAAGACACGGCGAUGGUCUCCUGGGACCCAGUCCAGGCUGUCAUAGAUAAGUACGUGGUACGCCACAUCUCUGCUGACGGGGAGAGCAAGGACAUGGCGGUGCCCGGGGAGCAGAGCAGCACCAUCCUGACGGGCCUGAAGCCGGGAGAGGCGUACAAAGUCUACGUGUGGGCUGAGAAGGGCAGCCAGGAGAGCAAGAAGGCCGACACCGAGGCCCUCACAGAAAUUGACAGUCCAACAAAUCUGGUGACCGACCUGGUGACAGAGAACAUGGCCACUGUCUCCUGGGACCCGGUGCAGGCCGACAUUGACAGGUACAUGGUGCGCUACACCUCCGCUGAUGGAGACACCAAGGACGUCCCUGUGGGGAAGGAGCAGAGCAGCACCAUCCUGACGGGCCUGAGGCCGGGCGUGGAGUACACGGUCCACGUGUGGGCCGAGAAGGGGGACCGGGAGAGCAAGAAGGCCGACACCAAGGCCCCGACAGAAAUAGACAGCCCCCAAAACCUGGUGACUGAUCGGGUGACAGAGAACACGGCCACCAUCUCCUGGGACCCGGUGCAGGCUGACAUUGACCGGUACAUGGUGCGUUACACCUCUGCUGAUGGAGACACCAAGGACGUCCCUGUGAGGAAGGAACAGAACAGCACCAUCCUGACGGGCCUGAGGCCGGGCGUGGAGUACAAGGUUCAUGUGUGGGCCAAGAAGGGGGACCGGGAGAGCAAGAAGGCUGACACCAAGGCCCCGACAGACAUUGACAGCCCCAAAAACCUGGUGACUGACCUGGUGACAGAGAACACAGCUACCGUCUCCUGGGACCCAGUGCAGGCCGACAUUGACAGGUACAUGGUGCGCUACACCUCCGCUGAUGGAGACACCAAGGACGUCCCUGUGGGGAAGGAGCAGAACAGCACCAUCCUGACGGGCCUGAGGCCGGGCGUGGAGUACACGGUCCACGUGUGGGCCGAGAAGGGGGACCGGGAGAGCAAGAAGGCCAACACCAAGGCCCCGACAGACAUUGACAGCCCCCAAAACCUGGUGACCAACCAUGUGACAGAGAACACAGCCGCUGUCUCCUGGGACCCGGUGCAGGCCGUUAUUGACAGGUACAUGGUGCGCUACACCUCUGCUGAUGGAGACACCAGGGAGUUUCCAGUGGGGAAGGAGCAGAGCAGCACCGUCCUGAUGGGCCUGAGGCCGGGCGUGGAGUACACGGUCCACGUGUGGGCCGAGAAGGGGGACCGGGAGAGCAAGAAGGCCGACACCAAGGCCCCGACAGAAAUUGACAGCCCCCAAAACCUGGUGACCAACCAGGUGACGGAGAACACAGCUACUGUCUCCUGGGACCCAGUGCAGGCCGUCAUUGACAGGUACAUGGUGCGCUACACCUCCGCUGAUGGAGACACCAAGGACAUCCCUGUGGGGAAGGAGCAGAGCAGCACCAUCCUGACGGGCCUGAGGCCGGGCGUGGAGUACACGGUCCACGUGUGGGCCGAGAAGGGGGACCGGGAGAGCAAGAAGGCCGACACCAAGGCCCCGACAGACAUUGACAGCCCCAAAAACCUGGUGACUGAUCGGGUGACAGAGAACACGGCCACCAUCUCCUGGGACCCGGUACAGGCCGACAUUGACAGAUACGUGGUGCGCUACACCUCUGCUGAUGGAGACGCCAGGGAGGUCCCUGUGGGGAAGGAGCAGAGCAGCACCGUCCUGACGGGCCUGAGGCCGGGCGUGGAGUACACGGUCCACGUGUGGGCCGAGAAGGGGGACCGGGAGAGCAAGAAGGCUGACACCAAGGCCCUGCCAGACAUCGACCCUCCCAAAAACCUUCGUUCGUCUGCUGUAACACAGUCUGGUGGGGUAUUGACCUGGACACCCCCCACUGCUCAGAUUGAUGGCUACAUUCUGACCUACCAGUUCCCAGAUGGCGCUGUUAAGGAGGUGCAGCUUGGACGAGGGGACCAGAGGUUUGAGUUGCAAGGCCUUGAGCAGGGCGUCGCCUAUCCUGUCUCCUUGGUUGCCUUUAAAGGUGAUCGUCGGAGCAGGAAUGUAUCCACCAUUCUUUCCACAGUUGGUGCCCGUUUUCCACACCCUUCGGACUGCAGUCAAGUUCAACAGAACAGCAACGUUGCCAGUGGUGUAUACACCAUCUACCUGCACGGUGACGCCAGCCGGCCCCUGCAGGUGUACUGUGACAUGGACACGGAUGGCGGCGGCUGGAUUGUCUUCCAGAGGCGGAACACUGGGCAGUUGGAUUUCUUCAAGCGCUGGCGGGCCUACGUGGAAGGCUUUGGGGACCCCAUGAAGGAAUUCUGGCUUGGACUUGACAAGCUACACAAUCUCACCACUGGCACUCCUACCCGGUAUGAGGUGAGAGUGGACUUACAGACUGCCAAUGAGUCUGCCUAUGCCAUAUAUGAUUUCUUCCAAGUGGCUUCCAGCAAGGAGCGGUUCAAGCUCACAGUUGGGAAAUACAGAGGCACAGCAGGGGACGCUCUUUCUUACCACAAUGGAUGGAAGUUUACCACUUUUGACAGAGACAACGAUAUCGCCCUCAGCAACUGUGCCCUGACACAUCAUGGCGGCUGGUGGUACAAGAACUGCCACUUGGCCAACCCCAAUGGCAGAUAUGGGGAGACCAAGCAUAGUGAGGGGGUGAACUGGGAGCCGUGGAAAGGACAUGAAUUCUCCAUUCCUUAUGUGGAGUUGAAAAUCCGCCCUCAUGGCUACAGUGGGGAGCAUGUCCUGAACAGAAAGAAGCGGACACUAGGAGGAAAGACGAGAACAGUCUGAUGGCCCAUGUGAGAAAUCGUCGCACGAGAUGACCGGUCCCGGGUUGGGGCUGCUUGAGCUUGGGGUAGGGUGGGUAGUGGUGACUGGCUUAUGGACGCUUGAAGGACGCUCAGAGCCUCUAGUUUCUGAGAUGGCUGGAUAACCUGCAGGGCAAAGCGUGUCACCAAGCUUCAAACCAGAGAGGUUACCUUCUGUCACCUGCAUUUUUGCCCAUUAUAUUGGGGCCUGAAAAAUUGACACAGUAGUAGUUGCACAGUGUGUAUGGGAAAGACAGCACUGAAACUGUAAGGUUUUUCAGUCUAUCUUCAGCAACAAAUGUAUAGGUUUAGGGCAAAAAAAAAAAAAAAAAAAAUCCAGCACUUCACCAAUUGGAAAUCUCUGGUAAUUGGUAUAUAUAUAUUUAAAGCUCUGUUAAUACAAAUCUUCUGUCUAGAAACAAGCACCAAAGAAGGGUUCUCUUUGAUGACCAAGGGGUUGAGGUAGCCUGAUGCUUGUUACCUCUGUUACCACUGGGUUUUGACAAAAAAGAUGUAAAUUUUCCCCUUUUAAAAAAUUGCUGGUGUUAUGAGGAAGAAUAAAGGGAACCCAAAGGGACCAGGAUGGAUCCACAUUUAGCUUAGUUCCAACUAGUAUCCAGGCUGCUGGAAAACAAGGCUUCGUGUUAUCGCUAUUUUUAAGUGCCCCCUUUCCAGCUAUUUGCAUAAUCUUUCAUAGAUCUGCAUAUGUUGUGAAUAAAUUCUCACUCGUUUCAACUUUAAA